AUGACACUGAGCAGAGUUCACCAACAAGUUAUUGCAUUUCCUGCAGCCAAGACUGAUACGAUGAGUUACUUGCCUGACCCAGCUUCCAUCAACAACCACCAAAUCCCAACUUCUUCAAAGGUUUCAUAUUUGACAGGCAAAGGAAAAUCGAUGCUGCGAAAGAAGAAAACCGAUAGCUUCACAAACGGAGCUAGAGAUCAGGACAAACUAGGACCAAAGCUAACUGAAACAGUCAAGAGAAAGCUAUCCUUGGGAGCUAAGAUCCUUCAAAUGGGAGGCUUAGAGAAGAUUUAUAAGCGACUCUUCAAGGUCUGCGAUCAAGAGAAACUCUUCAAGGCGUACCAAUGCUAUCUAUCCACAACAGCAGGUCCCAUCGCAGGCCUCCUCUUCAUCUCAUCAAAGAAGAUUGCAUUUUGCAGUGAAAGAUCGAUCAAGGUUGCUUCUCCUCAAGGAGUUCUCAGUAGGGUUCACUACAAAGUCUCAAUCCCAUUGUGCAAGAUCAAUGGAGUGAACCAGAGUCAGAACACAAAGAAGCCAUCUCAAAAGUACCUUGAAAUAGUCACAAUCGAUAACUUCGACUUCUGGUUCAUGGGAUUCGUGAGCUACCAGAAAGCUUUCAACUGUCUCGAGAAAGCGCUAAACAAUGAUGAGCAAUAA